AGACAGCUCUCCUCGCGAGAGGAGACGAGAGGAGCCCUCGAGUUGUCUCUUUCCGCCGCCCUAUCAUCUGUCUGCCCUCAUCAUCUCAUCAGUUCACCCGUUUCUCCGAGUCUGCAUCUCCCCUUCGUUGCUUCCCUUGCUCUCUUGCCUCAGUCCCGACAGCACAACAGUCAAGACAACAGCCGUCAUGAUGAAGCUGGCCCUGCUGACCCUUGCACUCGCCAUCGCCAUCUGGCCUGCGUCAUCGGUAAGCAUUGGCGGCUGGACGCAUCUCUGUCGUGCAGCACGACAAUUGAAGUGUGUGUGUCGUGUCACAUCAGGCGCCGUCUGGCCUACGAGGUGGUCGCGAGGGUGACGAAGAGCACCGGAAGCUGCUAAAGGUCAAGGUUCCGAACCCGGCCAAGAAGGUUGUGGACACCGUCAAGAAGACCGCCGACGCUGUUCGGCGUGGCGACGUUGUUGGGGCCGCCCAAGGAGCCAGCCGGGUGGCGAGAGAUGUACAAGGAGAGGGCCUGAGGGAUGCAGCCGGUCAGGCCGCCUCGAGGGUUCGCAACGAAAUUGCUGAUGCUACCGGCGUUGACGGGGUCGUUCGCACAACCAGAGGCGAAAAGAAGCGCGAGAUAAACGAGGAAUACGAGCCGCGGUGUGAUGAGUCAUUUUACUCCACCGGGUGUGGUGACGUGUUAUGGGGUGAGUUAGCAUAUUAGGAUGGUCUUGAUGCAUUGUUGUAUAUCUGUAUGUCUCUCUCUCUCUCUCUCUCUGUGUGUGUCCGUGUGUGUGUACGUGUGUGUCUCCGUGUGUGUGUGCGUGUCUGUCUGUCUGUCUGUGUAGGUAAAAUGAUUGAUGAGAAAAAGUACGCCGAAGGAAUCACGGCGAUCGUGGCGGACAUCUUGGGAGGCGCUGGGACCUUCACGCUGCAAUACUUGGUCGACAUGGUCACGGAGCAAGUCGAGGCCAUCUAUGGAGACAUGCAAAGCUCCUUGACCGAGUUCAUGAACGAGGUCUGCCUGGAGUGCAUACUGAGAGAAGUCAUCAAGAAUCGAGUAUGUGCGCACACGCGCUCGAGGUUGAAGCCAUUUGCUGUAAAUGGCUGUUUGUCCGAUGUCUAUGGCUUCUGUGUGGCCUGUCAGGGAGAUAUCACGUCGCUGGAGCUGACUGGACUGGGAAUGGGUAUAAAUGGUAAUGGGGAGACACUUAAGACUAUGUACAUGGAGCUCAAGUUCGAUGUUCUGACGUACAAGCGCGAGGGGUGCGUCGCCGACGUCUGCACUCCCCUCCCCAACCACCAUCAGCCCUACCUGGCCUUCAAGCUGAAGACUUCCUAACUGCCUUCUCUGUCUCUCGGCUGCAUGACGUGGCGCGCAUGAAGGUGUCCGUGUGUGUGCAUGUGAGGAUCUGUGACGAGGCAAUGCCGCCUCAAGAGGAACGCAGCUGUACGGCGGAGAGGAGGGGGUUCCACGUAGUGCGUGAUGUUUGUUGAAGGUGGUGUGUGUGUGUGCACAAGUGUGUGUGAAUCGUCUGUGCUGUCUACGAAUGCGUUUGUGUCUCGAGAAAGAACGCAGAUGUCUAUGCCGUUCGCGCAGAGACACCAGACACGCAGAGACAGAUUUGCAGCUAUGUGUGCGUGAGUGACACACGCGUUCAUCGCAUCGUGUUAUCCUUGCACUGCCUUCUCUCUCUCUCCCUCUCUCGCUCUCUGUGUGUGUGUGUGUGUGUGUGUGCGUGUGUGUGUCUUUGUGUGCACGUGUUGUGAGACAAUCGGGACAGGCGGACGUGACAGUCUCUUCGUUCUCGCGUGGGCGAACAUGUGUGUCUAAAGCUUGUUAAGUG